AUGCCUCUGUCCAGGCGGGAGCUGGACGAGCUGAAGCCGUGGAUGGAGAAGAGGGGGAAACGCGUGCCCGGCUUCUCGGAGCCCACCGCGGUCACUGCGGCCCUCAGCUGCGCGGGCGAGGGCAUGGAGCAGAGAAAAGCAGCUGAGCACCUCAGACCCUUCCUGGAUGAGCCCACCCUGAGAUUUGUGGACAAGCUCUUGGAGGCAGUGGAGGAAGGACGGAGCUCCCAGCGCGCCAAAUCCAACAGCGACCGGAACCGCAAACGGGAGCUAAAGGACGUGUUGGGGGAUGGCGCUGAGGUGUCCAGGGAACCCUCUGGUGCCAAGAAACGGCGCAUCCCACGGUUCGAGGAGGUUGAGGAGGAGCCUGAAGUCAUUCCAGGCCCACCAUCGGAGAGCCCAGGGAUGCUGACCGAGCUCCAGAUCAAACAGAUGAUGGAGGCAGCCACACGACAGAUUGAGGAGAGGAAAAAACAGCUGAGAUUCAUCAGUCCUCCAACACCACAGGCCAAAAUUUCUUCUUCAUGCCAGCCGGAGCGGCUCCCCAUCGGCAGCACCAUCCAGGCCUCUCAGGCAGCCACAUUCAUGAACGGUGCCAUGGAGAAGGCCAGGAAGGCUGCAGAGCUGCAGGCCAGGAUCCAGGCUCAGCUGAAGCCAGGGCUCAUUGGCAGUGCCAGCACGGUGGGACCGGCCAAGCUGCACGCCCUGGGCAUCGCGGCCCCGAAAGCGGAGCUGAAGGAUCGGACCAAGCCAGCACCGCUGGUCCUGGAUGAGCAGGGCCGGACCGUGGAUGCCAGCGGGAAGGAGAUUGAGCUCACCCACCACAUGCCCACCCUGAAGGCCAGCAUCAGGGCCCGGAAGAGGGAGCAGUUCAAGCAGCAGCUGAAGGAAAAGCCCUCAGAAGAUAUGGAAUCAAACAUGUACUUUGCCCGGGUCUCCAUAACCCCGGCCCAGCGGCAGAAACGCAGCUUUAAUUUCCAUGAAAAAGGCAAAUUUGAGAGAAUUGCCCAAAGGCUGAGAACAAAGGCUCAGGUAGAAAAGCUGCAGGCAGAGAUCUCCCAGGCUGCCAGGAAAACUGGGAUCCACACGUCCACCAAGUUGGCUCUGAUCACCCCAAAGAAGGAGCUGAAGGAGGGGGAGAUCCCAGAGACCGAGUGGUGGGACUCCUGCAUCAUCCCCAACGGCCUGGGGUUCAAAGGUGGCGUGGCCAAGAAAGACGAAUUCUUUGGGGUCACCAGCCUGGUGGAGCACCCAGCCCAGCUCAGCCCCCCAGUGGACAGCGACACGCCCGUGACCCCGGGCGUGUAUCUAACAAAGAAAGAGCAGAAGGAAUUACGGCGCCAGACACGGCGAGAAGCCCAGAAGGAGCUGCAGGAGAAGGUCAGGCUGGGCCUGGUGCCACCAGCAGAGCCCAGAGCGAGGAUUUCCAACCUGCAGGAGCCAACAAAGGUGGAAGCUCACAUCCGAGCACAGGUGGCCAAGAGGCAGAAGGCUCACGAGGAGGCGGACGCAGCACAGAAGCUCACGGCAGAGCAGUGCAAAGCCAAGAAGGUGAAAAAGCUGAAGGAAGACGUUUCCCAGGGAGUUCACAUAGCUGUGUACAGGCUUCGAAACUUGAGCAGUCCAGCAAAAAGAUUCAAAAUCGAGGCAAAUGCUGGGCAGCUGCACCUCACAGGAGCGGGGGUCCUGCACAAAGCUGUCAAUGUGGUGGCUGAAGGAGGCCCGAAAGCGCAGAAGAAAUUCAAACGCCUUGUGCUGCAUCGAAUAAAGUGGGACGAGCGGACGUCAAACACAAAGGGAGAGGAUGAUAAUGACAGGUCUGCUCGGUCCAUUAAGAAAACAAACAAAUGCUCUCUGGUUUGGGAGGGCACGGCGCAGGAUCGCAGCUUCGGCCGGGUGAAGUUGAAGCAGUGCCCCACGGAGGAGGUGGCGCGGGAGCACCUGGGGCAGCGCAGAGCCGAGCGCUACGGGGACCUGGCGCUGGGCGAGGCCGCGCUGGAGCCCAGGGCUGAGCCGGCCCUGGAUGCUCCUGUCCCACAGCCCCUGAGCCACGCUGCCCCCAUCCUCAGCACCCCUAUUAAAGACAUACGGGUCAUAAAAGGCGGGGGAAAUGUGGGAAGAUAUCGCGAGGUUUGGCUCAAGAUAUCGCGAGGUUACGCUCAAGAUAUCGCGAGGUUUCGCUCAAGAUAUCGCGAGGUUUCGCUCAGGCGGAACCCCUGCCCUUUUACCGUUACCCCCCGUUAUAAAUGA